CGCGGGAGGAGGUUGGCACGCGGCAUGAACCUGGAUGCGGGCAGCCGGGGAGCAGAGUUCGGCAUGAGCGCGGUGAGCUGCGGCAACGGGAAACUCCGCCAGUGGCUGAUCGACCAGAUCGACAGCGGCAAGUACCCCGGGCUGGUGUGGGAGAACGAGGAGAAGAGCGUCUUCCGCAUCCCGUGGAAGCACGCGGGCAAGCAGGACUACAACCGCGAGGAGGACGCCGCCCUCUUCAAGGCCUGGGCACUGUUUAAAGGAAAGUUCCGAGAAGGGAUAGACAAGCCCGAUCCUCCUACUUGGAAGACAAGAUUAAGAUGUGCUCUGAACAAGAGCAAUGACUUCGAGGAGCUGGUAGAGAGGAGCCAGCUGGAUAUCUCCGACCCUUACAAGGUGUACAGGAUUGUUCCAGAAGGAGCCAAAAAAGGAGCAAAGCAGCUCACUUUGGAAGACACACAGAUGGCCAUGGGCCACCCCUACCCCAUGACAGCGCCUUAUGGCUCACUGCCAGCUCAGGUUCAUAACUACAUGAUGCCACCUCAUGACAGAAGCUGGAGGGAUUAUGCCCCUGAUCAGUCACAUCCAGAAAUCCCAUAUCAGUGUCCUGUGACGUUUGGCCCCCGCAGCCACCAUUGGCAAGGCCCAUCUUGUGAAAAUGGUUGCCAGGUGACAGGAACCUUUUAUGCUUGUGCCCCACCUGAGUCCCAGGCUCCUGGAAUCCCCAUAGAGCCAAGCAUAAGGUCUGCUGAAGCCUUGGCGCUCUCAGACUGCCGGCUGCACAUCUGCCUGUAUUACCGGGACAUCCUUGUGAAGGAGCUGACCACGUCUAGCCCUGAAGGCUGCCGGAUCUCCCACGGACAUACCUAUGAUGUCAGCAACCUGGACCAGGUCCUGUUCCCCUACCCGGAGGACAGUGGGCAGAGGAAGAACAUCGAAAAGCUGUUGAGCCACCUGGAGAGGGGACUGGUCCUCUGGAUGGCCCCAGAUGGGCUCUAUGCCAAAAGACUCUGCCAGAGCAGGAUCUACUGGGAUGGGCCCCUGGCCCUGUGCAGUGAUCGGCCCAACAAACUGGAAAGAGACCAGACUUGCAAGCUCUUUGACACACAGCAGUUCCUAUCAGAGCUGCAAGUGUUUGCUCACCAUGGCCGGCCAGCACCAAGAUUCCAGGUGACCCUGUGCUUCGGUGAGGAGUUUCCAGACCCCCAGAGGCAGAGGAAGCUCAUCACAGCUCAUGUGGAACCUCUGCUAGCCAAACAACUGUAUUAUUUUGCUCAACAAAACAGUGGACAUUUCCUGAGGGGCUACGAUAUACCUGAACACAUUAGCACUCCAGAUUACCACCGAUCCCUCCGUCAUUCCUCCAUUCAAGAGUGAGCCAGCCUUUGAGCCAGCCACAUGAAGGAUUUUGUUUCAUUGUAAAUACUCUGACAUGGCAGCUGAUUGACACCCCUUUUCUUUGGAAGAACUAAGAAGUGGGUUCACAGUUGAAGACAACAACGACAACAACAGGGAUUUGUGAAGAAAACAGCUCUAUCUGCUCAACAGAGGAGCUUGUCCCACAAGAGUGACUGUCAUCCAGGUCUUGACAAGUGCUGGUAUUUUGGUGACUGUGCCCUGGCUUAUAACUGUGAAACUUAAUCAGUGAUGUGUUUACAUGUACUUAAAUGCUGGCUUGAGCCUGGUGUAGAUUGGCUUCGGCUUGAAGACUGGAAAACUGUGUCAGUGUGAAUCCCUGACUAGAGAAGGCAGACUUAAGUAUUAUUGGUCCAUUUCUCAGGGAAGUCAAGUCUGAACUGGAGACUACUGUGCCCACCCGCAGAGAAAUGUGUUCCUGGAUGGGGGAGCUGUAGUUCUCCUGGAUCACGCCCACUGAGUGAAGGGACCUGAAUCUCAGCCCCAGUCUAGGUCACAGUGUCCAGGCCAUGCAGAGUCUCUCUAAGUGGACCCUGCAUCCUAUGUGCUCCCCCUCUUUGGCCUUCCCUGACAGCCAGCUGGUGAACUCUGUGGUUACCUACUUGAGCCAAAAAGCAUCGAGGAUACAUACGAUGGGACACGUUUGUAUGUCCUUCUAGCUAACAAUGACUAGAAAGCAUUUUUUGUGGUCUCCCCUUUUGGUUUUGCCUCUCAUUCUUUAGAAUUGUUGCUGGCUUUAUGUUUUUUUCUUUUCAGAAAUGAAAGGAAGGAAGGAAGAGAGAGAAAGAAAUCAAGAGACUGAAUACUAGAGAUAGUUUUUUAAAGUUCUGUGACAUUUCCCCUUCUAUUUGUUUUGUUGGCCAUCAGCAGUCUCCAUGGCAACACUGGAGGGGCGGAGCCUUUGCGCAGGUUGGGAACUGUCAGGACACCCGUGGUUCAGCUGACUGUACAGCUGCAGACUCAGGGGGCUGUUUCUGCUUAUUGUGUAUAUUAGAUGCUUCCUUGUGCCAAUAAUAAGUUUGACAAAGCCUCAAAAUUACUGGGCUUUUCCAAAAAUACAUUUUAGUUUUAGUUUUCUACACACAUACAUGAAGUUGCCUUUAAAAAAAAAAGAGAGAGAAAGAGAGAGGGAAACAUGUUGACACACUUUUAUGUACCUAACUAUGCGGACUUACCUCAUCUUUUGAGUGGCAUGUGGAAUUCUACUUCAGUGUGCCUGGCUGUGGUUAGAUAUCUCAUUAGCUACUUGUUGUGGAUGCAUCCCAGCAGCCCACUGAGUCUCGUGAACUGAAGUCAUUUAUACAUCUUAUAGAUGCAAAACAUUCUGGGGUAUAUUAUCCCAAGGGAAAAUGAAGAAAAAGUUGGGAACUGUUCUUUCCCCAAGGCCCCAAACCGUAGCUAGCAUCCUGGAGAACAUUCAACCACACCCACAUCUGGCGCUUCACCAAAGCUCUCUGCCCCAUCCUGUGUGACCAUGACUCUUCUUCCCCUAAGCAGAUGCUUCACCCCAACUGCCAUGUGAAUUCUUUUCUUUUUCCUUAAUGUUAUGCUGCUUUAACAGUGAUGCUGAGUUUUCUGGAAAAUGUUUAAUGGUUUGGACCACCAAGUCUUGUCUCACUUUAUAGCCAUGCAUGCUGACGGCUUCACCCUUGAGGGAUCCGUAGGAAGGUGAAGCCCAGAAUGACCAGGCGAACACUCCUGACAUGGGAAGGAAUGGCCUCCUCAUCCCUAUUGAAACAAAGUGGGAUGCACAUACUGGAAUUUAGUUUGCCCUCGUUGGAGGACACCGUUGAAGAGGGAGGCUGUGGAACACUCCAUCACAGGGAGAAAGUAUACAAGUUUCGUGGGAGCAUACUGUUAGCUUGUUUCUUGUCCUUGAGCAGUUAUUAAUGUCUAUAGUUUCAAACUAAAAGCCCCAAACCCCUCUGUUGUUGUCCUGGACGAAGAAGGUGAUAGAAACCACCUUUUGAGAUGCAGAUAGACUCUGGGAUUGGAGCAGCGAUGGGCCUGCUUCACUGUGAAGAGGCCUGGGUGUACUGCCUGAGUGGCUGUAUGCCAGGCACAAGGAAUGCCAGCAGGCUGAGUUUGGCAGCUGAUUAAGGCACGUGUGAGGUGCCCUUACUCUGUAGAGGAGUUGAGUGUGAGCCCCAGGAGUAGAGGAUUCUGGGAGUCUGGGCAUCAUGUCCUACACAGGAAGGGCCUUCACUACUGCUUUAAGAACUUAUUUUUGCAUGGGUGACAUUUUGACAACAAUUCAAACAAGGUUUAACUGCCCUUUCAUUCCAGUCAGUCUUGUCCUUCCUACUGGUCAAUAUUUUUUUGUUGUUCUUGUUGGAAAUUGUGAAAUUGUUAAAGCCUUCCUUUUUGUUAUUUAUCUCCCUAAGUCAAGUGGCUGCUGCCCUACCACACACAUCUUUUUGCAAGCAAGCUGCCUCUUCAGUAGCUGAGCCCUGCGCUGUAAGGGGGACUCACCUAGUCUUUGUUAACUGCUGCUCACUGUCACAUGAACGCAGGGAAGAUCGAUUUUCUGGAUCUAUCUUCACUGCUUUAAGAAACGUGUCUUCAGAGGUUACUACAGUGGACGAGAAGAGAAAGGCAGGCAGGCCAGCUCUAUUAGACACUGCUAUAUGCUUCCCUCUCCUCAAGGUGGACCAACCUCACAGAGAAAGACAGCCACGCCCUCCUGCUCCCAUGCCCUGUGCACCCACUUCAUAGUGUGAGAACUGUGAGGGGCCAGGACUGGCUUAGAGCCCAUACUUUGGGGGUUCUGCCAUGUCUGAGCCUGGAAGGCAAGGACGUCUGCCAUCCUGCACGCACGGCUUGCAUAGGCCAUGGAUUUUGCUGUAAACUUGCUUCACAAAGCAAACUGUGUGUUUUUAAAUAUUUGAUAAAUAAAGCAU